AUGCCCGGUGGCAUGCCCGGCGGGGGUCCAGGUGCUCCUGGCACUCCUGCGGGCCCAGGAAUGCCAAUGAUGGGCAUGCCCAUGGGCAUGAACAACAUGACCAUGAACGGCGUGGCAGGCAUGGGAAUGCCUAUGGGUAUGCCGAUGAUGGGUGGUAUGGGUGGAUGUAGCAGCAUGGGAAUGAAUGGCAUGGGCAUGCCAAUGAUGGCGAUGAACCCUAUGGCUAUGAUGAACAUGGCCGCCAUGAUGAAAAUGAUGGGACCGCAGGAGGAGGAAACCGUGGCCGUGGAGCCGCGAGCGCCACCACCGGACCCCAUCGAUCCGCGGGUGAAGGACAUUUGUCGAAAUUUCGGUAUUGACGACAAAAUAUGCGAGAAGCUGAACAAAGCCAUGAAGACGCGUGAAGACUUUGACGAGGAUAUGCAGGUGCUGUGGCACAUCAUGGAGAAGGGUGCCCAGAACAACAAGAAAGCCGUAGACGUUAUGCUUGUGAAGAUCCGUGAGAUCAACAACGGCACCUUCAUCGGCAAAGACCUGCUGGAUCCGGAGAUUAAGGAUUUCGCCUGGAAAUACAACCUAGACGAUCAGCUCCUACAUCGUCUGAUCAAGACCAUGAAGAAGCGGAAGCAUCACAAGAGCCAGGACUUGAAAGACAUGGACGAGCGCAUCGGCAAUGCCAAACACCCAUCGGGGCUUCUGGUUCGCAUGCUGGAGGGUUUGGAGGAGAAUGGCAAAAUGCCUCCUGCUCCUGGCUGGCUUAUGCAGAGCUCUGGUCCAGGCCGCAGAGAACCCGAGAAGCCCGAGAACAGACGCCGUGCCUCACGUUCCCGUUCCCGAGGCUGA